AUGGAUCAUUUAGCAUAUGAGCCGGGUCAGUAUCAGUACCCUGACACAUCGGAGCCACCUUUGGAGCCCGAUUUUGGAAGCCUGCCGCCUCAAGACGCCACUUUGGCACCUUGGCUGCCGUGGAUGACCCACCCCUCCCACGAUACCACUCGUUUUGAGGUGACAAGAAGCACCACCACCCAAACCCCAUCUCCCAUGUACGACGACAGUGCCUGGACACUAAGGCCUGGAGACCUGCUAGAACCACUCAGGAUCGAAAUGGGCGUCUUCAAGAUGGGCUUCUUCUCCAUAUUCGUCAGCCACGGCGCCUUCAUCAUCAGUAAUAAGACUGACAGUGAAGUGAGGAAACUAAGCUUGGCUGUGGCCCCUGAGUUGGAGAUUUUAAAAAAGUUCGACCUCCGGAGCUUUGGAGAACCGUUUCUAGGUGCUUUUGAAAGUUUCGCCAAACAAUUGGGAGAGUGGCCUGUGGACGAUAUCAAAGCUCACUGCAGAAACCUGAACUACGGCAUCCAUGUGAGAAGAGACCACUUCACCGACGAUCUGAACGCAUUGAUCGACUACAUUGACUUCUUAUUCAGAGAAGAUGAGGGUAUAAACCUUUUUAGGUCCCUUGAAGUUUUAAACAACUACCCUAACGGCUCAGAGCACUCUUUUAACGUCAUUAGGAACAUUUCUGUUGCUUUAUUUGCGCCUUACAGAAGACUGGCCGGUACUAAUGAGAGGAAGGUGUUGGUAGAUUCCAUCAACGAGUAUGUUGGACUAUUCUAUGUUACGAUACCUGCCAGAAGGGUAUUCAUGGGAAAUAACAGCGUUCUGAAUAAGCUACUGAACUUUGAUACGAAGUUUGCAGAAGUUAGUGAAGAUAGUAAAACUAAGAUGUUAUAUAUCGAAAUGUAA